AUGUUGUGGCCUUUGAAACAGAACAAGCCAGCCAAAUUACCAACUCACGGCAAAAAGCUGGCAGAAUCAAGACGUCUCGACCGCAUUGGCCCCUACAUUCGCACCUUUACACUACGACCGGUACUAUAUACGAUUAUCCCGGCAAUUAUUAUCGACGAAUCACAGUAUGCAAAGGGCGCCGACAGCGUCCUUUUAAAAGCUAUUAAGUCCCUACAGUACAAUACCGCAUUUUUACUAUCGGGUACACCCGUCCACAAUAAAUGGACGGACCUAUAUGGACAAAUGAGCAUACUCCCAGGGUGCCCAUUUCAGGACUUCGACCAUUUCUCGGAAACAUUUUGUGGAGUUGAUUCGCAGGGCAUGCUCAUGCAAAUUCCGGACAACGAGAAGCAGCAAUUGCUGAUAGGAUUGCUUUCGGGAAUGGUUAUCAAGCGGCCCAAGGCAAUUGUCGGGUUGCCAGAAUUUCAACACACCCAGGGGGAGGUUCCACUGACCGACGAGACCUAUAAGGACGUCAUCACCUUGAUCCGAACUUUGACAAGGAAAGUAGUCAAGUCGAUUUUGAAGCCCAAGGGCAAGGAGAUGCAAACGGCGGAGCCAGAUGAGGCUGUCGAUGAUGACGAGGAGACAGUCGAGAUCCCCCUUGUCGCUGCACAUCUGCUGGUGGUCAACGAAGAGCUGAAUAUGGCUGGUAAUGUUGACGCAGCCGUGCCCUCAAACAUCGAUGACAACGCCGAUCCCGAUAUGGACUCCCAGACUGUGACUAAGCACACAAAGGCCGGACUGAAGGAAGAUCCAGACGAAGCAUGGACGAAGUUCUUGUCUAAUGCUGAAGAUGACAAAAUCUUCACGCCGAGGAUACAGGCGACCAUCGACCUCUUGGUCCGCUUAAGACAAAGCUAUCCGGAAGAAAAGAUUGUUAUUACCGCCGAGUCGCUCAAGAUCCUCGACGUUGUCUACGAAGCCAUCACCAGAAAGCAAAAAUCCAGCAAUGGUUCGGCGGGGCUUUUUGAUAUCGAAAUUGCCGUGUACAACGGUAGAAUAUCUUCUAUUGACAUACGUGCUUAA